CGCCCAGAAACAAAAUGUCGUAUUUAGUUCCUACCCACCCGCUCACAUAAAAACACACAUUUCAACUUCAUGCACGUCGUAGUCAUUUUUAUUUAAUUUUUUUAAAACACAAUUAAUUAAUUAACAGUAUUUACAACGUUCGAGCUAUUUUCAUGAUAUUUUUCCCCGUGACGACGUUUAGAGUGACAUUUCCCUCUGGCCAUUGCGCAACACGCUGACGAACCGCAGCUCCUUUUAUUAGCCAGCGAGGCUGGGUGAAGAUGACAAGCGGCUUUCUGGCACCUUCAGCCCGGUAAAGACUCCAAGUAGACGCCGGUGUUGCCGUCCCAUUUUAUUGCUGCUUGCCGCCGUUAUUGUGGAGUGACUUGGAUGCUGGUCAAUAUUUCCAGCUAGCUGCUAGCACCCUUCCUUGCCAUCCUAACCUGGUCCUGACCGCCAGGAAGAUGAGCGGCAUGCGCGUGGAUGCCAAGGUGGUGAUGCUGGGAAAGGAGAGCGUGGGCAAGACCAGCUUGGUAGAAAGAUACGUUCAUCAGCGCUUCCUGGUCGGGCCAUAUCAGAACCAGACUAUUGGUGCUGCGUUUGUGGCCAAGCCAAUCCAAGUGGGACACAAAGUCAUCACUCUGGGAAUAUGGGACACGGCCGGGUCGGAACGCUACGAAGCCAUGAGCAGAAUCUACUACAGAGGGGCCCGGGCGGCCAUCGUCUGCUAUGAUCUGACUGACAGCAGCAGUUUCCAGCGUGCUGCUUUCUGGGUGAAGGAGCUUCAGAAGUGUGAGGAGCACUGUCAGAUCUACUUGUGUGGCACCAAGAAGGACCUGCUUCUAGAAGACCGAAGCUUACGGCAGGUCGAUUUUCAUGACGUUCAGGACUUUGCGGAAGAAAUCAAUGCACAAAAUUUUGAAACCUCCAGCAAAACAGGAAGCAACGUUGACGAAUUGUUCCAAAAAGUGGCCGAGGACUACAACAACACAGCUUUCCAGAACAUGACAGGACUGUUGUGUGUUUCAGCCGAAGAAACGAGCGUCAACUUGGGCCAGCAGAAACCCUCGUACUACUCCUUCCAGUCGUGCUGCAACAGCAACUGAUCCACCUCGGGCACGCGCCCGGCGACUGGAAAGAGGAACACGGGGAAGUGGGAAAAGACACUUAAGAACUGACCGGACAUCAAGACUGGGUCCUCAUUGCUGUGCUGGUGCUGUCUGGCGGACCUCCUUCAAGGCGGACAGCUGCUGCGAUGUGUUGUUUCCGAGUCCAUUAACAAGAAAACUCUUAAUUUCGCUACAAAAGCCUUUUUUUUUUUUUUUUUUUGUCAAUUUGGUUUGAAGUUGGAUACCUCAUGAAGGGUCUAGUGGUUGAAGCAUCACACGGGCUGUCAUGUCCUCCUAGAAAGCAGAGGGACUACUUUUCUACUUUCAACAUUCAUUUUCCUUCUUUUUUUUUUUUUGUUCCUCAACCUGCAAACAUCAAGAUGUGGCCAAGACACGGAUGAAGUCGUAACGGCGCACGCGCUCAUAAGCACCUCGGAAGCUGUAUUUAACAUUAUUUAUUGUCUUUUCUUGCCUCUAAAACAAUGGAAAUAUUGUUCCAAACUUUUACAUAAGAAUGUU